AAAAUAGAGAGAGUCUAAGUUGGAAUAUUGUAUAGAAUGGAAAGAGACUGGUGUGGAAUAUCGAGAAUAUGUAAGAGAGAAGUGGAAAGCUGCUACAAACUGUAAGAAAGAGUAAUGGGAGACCUGAAGAGUGAGACCAGGAUACACGUAACACCAGACACACCUGGGCGACCUCCUGUCUCAAAUCCUUUUGAGAGCCCUAGUGAUUAUGCAACAUUGCAUGAACCUGUGGUCCCCAGUCCCUCAGUCUUCAGAUUAGUGAAAACACCUGAUUCACAGACACCUGGAAAAUUCAGAUGGUCCAUUGGAGAGCUUGCCAUCCUGCAUCCAAUUGAAAUUGAUCCAGAAGAUGUUCACCAGCAGUCUGCAUACAUGAGCUGUACCAGAUUAGAUAAUGAUAUUGAGGCAAGAAAACAAAAAGCCAUUGAAGAAUUUUUUUUGAAUAGUGUUAUCGUCCCUUCUCCUUGGACUCAAGCUGAAGGAAAACCGAUUCUACAAUCCCAUCGAACCAAAUGUUCAUCCUGGGAGAGGAAUUCUUCAGUUACAUCGAAAGAAUCUGUUAGAUUACCUGGGAUGCAUAAUGCAGCUUGUCAGACCGUGUUGUCCUUACCUGUAGACUUUGAUCUGGAAAAAAUAAUAGGUGAACAUUAUAAAUUGGAAGACCCUGCUGACCAAUCCCAUGAAAGUUUGAGUGCAUCUUCACUUCGGAGAAAGCUGUUUAUUGAUGGUGAAAGAAGCUACUCUGAUAGCUCCUCCCUUCCUUCUCCAGAGGAAAGUCCAUGUGGUGAAUCUGCUCAGCCUCAUGUAAAUCUAAGGUCAUCAGAUUCUUCUCCAUUUCGAUGCAAAAGCCCGACAAAAACUCCUAGUUCUGGGCAAUUUUCAUCAAGUCCUAUCCGAGAUGCUGUAAGAGCGUGCAGUUUAGGGAGCCUAACAAGCCCCAUGUUUCCAGGGAAGUCAUCACCAAAUACUGCAUCCCCAGCUUUAUCUCCGAUUGAAUCUCAGUUUGACAAAAUGCCAGUUUCAGAAGAAAGGAACUUUACUUCCAUGUCUCCUGUUGCUCAUGCUGCAGCUAUUUUAGAUGGGAAUUUUGACCACUGUACAGAAUCACCUUUCAUAGAAGGAUGUUCACCAAUUAAAAUGUGUCCACCUAUGAAUCCCAGACUUCACAGUGAUCCUUGUCACAUUUCUCCUCAAACGUUAACUCUUCAGCAAGAACACAAAAGUGAGGAGAGAACCCAUUCUCCAGCACAAGAAAUAGAUGCAGAAGUGUUCUCUUUACACCUGGGAGCAGAAAAUAAAACAAAUUGCAUUACAUGUCUCAAUCUCUCAGAAGUCAAUGAGAAUAUUUUAGUGCUUCGAGAUGAGAAUGAGGAUCAUACUGUUGAUAUGGCUGACCCAGGUGCACCUGAAGGCGAUGAUAACAGUUGGGUAAAAGAAUCUGAAAGCAAUAUUAGUAUUCCAAGGACCAGCUCAACUGGAAUUGCUUUUAAUGUGGAUAGCCCUCACAUGUAUAUGUCACCUCUUGCAGAAAGCAGUGCUAUUCCUUUUGAGAGCAUUAGUAUGCAGGCUGAUAGUGGAUAUAAUACACAAACCACUUCUGCAAAUAGCUUAAUGGAUGCCAUUGGAACAGAUAGCCAGCUUGGUAAAGAGCAUUUGGAACUACAAUCUCUAGUUGGAACUGUACCUCCAAAUAAGCUUAAUCUAAAAUCUAAGGAUAUCCUUUGCUCUGAAUGUAAAGAGAACAAAGAAAAUAUGAGAUUGAAUCCAGCUGCUAAUUCAAAACCCUUUCAUAUCAGUAGGCUGCGUUAUGCCCAUGAUGUGGUGCUAAGCCAGAACAUUUACCUGAAUACUUGGAAAAACCCUUGUGAACAAACGCUGAAUAGAAUUUUUGAAAAGAAUGCAAAAUAUUCUCCAUCCAGACUACGUGAUGAGAAAUCAUGUUUCACAAAACAACCUCUUGAAAUGACUUUGGAGGAACCUGAGCCCAUCAUUGAUAACCCUAUGUCUAUGUUUUAACUGAGUCAUGACUGAAAAGUACAAUAUUAUAAUCAGUAAUCUUUGUUAAAUUUAGAAGGAUUUAAAAUGAAUUUAUAAAUGCUACAAUUGGUCUGAUUUACUAAUAACCUGAAAAUGUCUGAAAUGCAAUUAGAACGAAUGACAAAGAACUUGACCAGCACUUCUUAAAAAAAAAUUUGCAUGUAAUCAAAAAGAGGCUAUUUAUUAAGUACCUGAAUUUACUGAUCAAUUAUUUGUAAAAUCAUGCAUUUAAAGCAACAGCUUUAGUCUAUGCAUUUUUUCCCACUUAAAUUUACACAUAAGCAAAAAUCCCCCAUAGUCAUACUUGUCUAUCAAGCGUGUCAUUAUGGCCAGGUAUAUGGUAUACCAUUUUAUUAGGAAGAAAAUAUAUUUAAAGAACUUUUUCAACAAAAUCUAAAAUCAAUGGCCAUUCACCAUCCCUUCAAUGACUUGUCACUUGGCUUUAUGAAUAGAAACAUCUAAAUUAGGACCUUGGCACUCCAAGAAUUGUCAAAAGAUCUUGGAUGCACAGAAAGACUGGUACAAUCAAGUUUAAAUUUGACAUUACAAAUAUACUCUUAAUAUUCUGUUUUUAAAAAAAUGCUGAUUCCUCUGAAUCAAAUAUUUUUAUUA